UAGUGUGACAUAGUGGUCAUGUGAUCCACACAGUCAAAUAAAUACUUUUUGAGAGCCGCAAGGGGGUAGAGUCUGUAGCUCGCACUGAGAGCAAACGAAGUGUCCGUACGUCAAAAUACUUUCAUAAACUCAAAUAAACUUGGGUGGUUAGUCGAAAGUAACUACACGCCGAAAUCUUUUAUUUUUUGCGGGUUGACGAAGAGGCUGUUUGUGUGAUCUGCGAGGAAUAUGAUCUCCAUGAGUUAUAUUUAGACUGCAUGCCUUAUUGACUCAUUUGCACCUCCAGUGACGAGUUUUAAUCAGUGAUAGAAAUAGGUAAUGUAGCGCUUUCUUUCGGUUUGCUCAACAAUAGGUUUCCCAUGCGACUGAAGAACGAAUUCAAAGCGUGUUUGAUUUUUGGAGGAGCGGGAAUUCUUUAGGAGUGCUCAACUCAUUGACUGGCGGGCGAGAGAGACUGAGGGAUCUACGACGCGAAACGGUGGAAAGGAGCGCCAGAAGACGCGUCGAACAUGACCCUGGGUACGGAUAUGUCCGACAGCUCAGCAUUGUCAGACGAUGUGGAUAUAGAUGUUGUUGGAGGAGACAUAGCUGUUGUGAAAGAUGGAAAAUAUCUGCACCACCACAAUUUCCACUUGGACAAUGACUCGGACGAUACUCUGUCUCAGAAUGCAGGCGAAGGCGCUUCCUCCCCUGGUCACAACAACUUGGACUGCCCACCGGACCGAGUAGGAGUCGGAGGGGAUGGCGGCCCAGGAGACAUGGCAACAGAAAAAGCUAUGGUGCUCCUGAUUUGCAGCUCCUGGAUGGUCUCCAUCUCUCUGCUGCUGGCUGUGGAGGCUCUCAGGGAGCAGCCUGUGCAGGCUGAGAGGGGUCAGUCCUGGCUUGCUCCCAAUCUGGAGUGGAGGACAAUGCAAACAGGCCCGCACACUCAAUACACAGGCUGUGUGACGGCGCUGUUGCUGGGAGGGAGAUCUGGGGGACCAUCUGAAACCAAUUAGGGUGGUGCUGCAGCCACCCAGAAACUCGGUGACGGAUGGGAUUCUUGUAUUUAUAGCCGAGGUCCACUGUGAAUAAAACCAGAGACCCAUCACAAGGCAGCAUGCAUAUGACGCGCCAACUGUCCAAAUGUGGCAGCCAUUUCGGGGAACGAGUGUGUGGUUGAGAAGAGGAGGCAGAGAGAGGGAGGAAGAGCGGGAUGAGCAGAUGAGCUAGGAUGAAUGAGAGAGAGAGAGAAAGAGAAAAAGAGGGAGAGAGAGAGGAAAGGUAAGAGCACAGUGUUUCACAGGUUUUUGCGACGUUGCACCGCUUUAUAAUUCAGAACAAGGGGCACUUCACAUGCGAAAUGGCUUCUCUUUGAUAUCGACAGCAGCUUGAGAGAGAGUGCACUCAAAAACAGACGCCAGCAAAUUUAUUCUUGGGUGAAAAAAGAGAGAUACAGAGAGAGUGUGAGAGAGAGAGAGAGAGAGAAACAGAGAGAAACAGAGAGGGAAAGAGGGGAGAAAAAAUAGUUGUGUACUCCUGUGGCCGCGCAUGCGAAGAGCCAAAAGCUUUGAUGCUCCAGCGGUGACACUCCACGCCGUAAUGAAAUAUGGUAAUUACACACACAUGAAAGCGCUCCACAGAGACACAGAGAGCCAGAUAGAUCAGGGAGGGCAGCGACACACACAAAAAAAGAAAGCCCCGAAAAAAACAAAUAUGACUUUCUCCAAAGAUACCCACUGUCAUUAAUUGUCCUUUUUAUAAACAUACAUUUGAUUCUAUCGGCAACUACAAAGCCCCCCCAGCAACAUCAUUUGACCCAAAAAGGCUUUGGGGUAAAAGGUUUACUGAUUAACAGCAAUGCAUUGUUCACUCCCAACAAUCACAACACUAAAGAACAUAAAUCAGGUGGAUUGCAUCGGCUGUGAACCCAUUAAAAAGAGAACCGGGUUUUUUUUAUGUUUUCUUUCAUUGGCCCUAUGGACAAUGUGCAGUUUGUUUUUGCAUAACGC